CCCCGCCCCGGGGUCCCCGAUCUUUGCCCCCUUCCGCCCGCCGGCCUGCGCCUCCCCAGCGCCAGCGGCGCGCUGCGCGGCCUUUUGUGUCGGGCGCGGGACGCAGCGCGGCGCGGGAGGAGGGUCAGCGGAGCGACGGCUGUGCGCCUGCAACCCCCGCCCCGGCCAUGCGGGCUGGGCUGCUGGUCGGGGCCGCCUGCGCCGCGCUCCUGCUCCUGCCGCCCGCGGUGCCUGGCAGAGGCCCCUCCGGGAGGACGCAGCCCGGGCCCUUUGCCGCCGAGAGGCGCCGCCGGGGCCCCCAUGUCUGCCUCUCAGGCUUCGGGAGUGGCUGCUGUCCAGGCUGGGUGCCCUCCAUGGGCAGCGGGCACUGCACCCUGCCCCUCUGCUCCUUCGGCUGUGGGAGCGGUGUCUGCAUCGCACCCAAUGUCUGCUCCUGCACGGAUGGGGAGCAAGGGGCCACCUGCCCAGACGCCCACGGACCCUGCGGGGAGUACGGCUGCGACUUGACCUGCAACCACGGCGGAUGUCAGGAGGUGGCCCGAGUGUGCCCCGUGGGCUUCUCCAUGACAGAGACCACCGUGGGUGUCCGGUGCACAGACAUUGAUGAGUGUCUGAGCUCCUCCUGUGAGGGCCGCUGUGUGAACACGGAAGGCGGGUUUGUGUGCGAGUGCGGGCCGGGCAUGCAGCUGUCCGCUGACCGCCACAGCUGCCAAGACACGAACGAGUGCCUGGGCACACCCUGCCAGCAGAGAUGCAGGAACAGCGUGGGCAGCUACAAGUGCUCCUGUCGCGCCGGCUUCUACCUCCACGGCAACCGGCACUCCUGCGUGGACGUGAACGAGUGUCGGAGGCCGCAGGAGAGGCGAGUCUGUGACCACUCCUGCCAGAACACGGUGGGCAGCUUCCUGUGCACCUGCAGACCCGGCUUCAGGCUGCGGGCGGACCGCACGUCCUGCGAAGCUCUGCCCCGGGCGCUGCUGGCGCCCUCUGCCAUCCUACAGCCCAGGCCCCCCGCGAUGGCCCUGCUGCUUCCUGACGUUGGCCAGCCGGGCCUGUCCCCAGGCUACAGCCCCGGUCCUGGGGCCCCAGGCCCGGUUGCUGGGGUCUGGACCACACGCCCUCCAGAACUUGCAUGGCUGUCGUCUACCCUGAUGGCCACCCCUGUGCCUGGUGCCUCGCUGCUAGGAACCCUUGGACCCCCCUCCCUCCUCCAGGAGGAGGCACUCGGCACCCCUUCUUCCCCCCGCGGCCCUGAGGACCAGAGCCCGGCACCGGGACUUCUUCCCUGCUGGCACCUGGGAGCCAUGCACGCAUCAGGGAGCCGCUGGGCUGUGCCCGGGUGCACGCAGUGCUGGUGCGAGGACGGGGAGGUGACCUGUGGGAAGGUGAGGUGUGAGGCCACGUGUUCCCACCCGGUACCCCCGCAGGAUGGGGGGUGCUGCCCGUCCUGCACAGGCUGCUUCCACAGCGGCGCUGUCCGGGCGCACGGGGAUGUGUUUUCACCUCCCGGUGAGAACUGCACCGUCUGCGUCUGCCUGGCCGGGAACGUGUCCUGCAUCUCGCCCGAGUGUCCUCCCGGCUCCUGCGAGGCGGCCCCGCAGCCGGACUGCUGUGCCUGCGUCCCGGUGCGGUGCCACUUCCAUGGCCACUGGUAUGCCGAGGGGGCUGUGUUCAGCCGUGCCGGUGAUGACUGCACUACCUGCACCUGCCAGAACGGGGAGGUGACCUGCUCCUUUACACCGUGUCCCGAGCUGGACUGUCCCCGAGAGGAGUGGCGGCUGGGCCCUGGCCAGUGCUGCUUCACCUGUCUGGAGCCCACGCCCCGCUCAGGCUGCUCCCUGGAUGACAACGGGGCCGAGUUUCCGGUGGGACAGAUCUGGUCGCCCGGCGACCCCUGUGAGUUAUGCAUCUGCCAGGCGGACGGCUCAGUGAGCUGCAGGAGGACAGACUGCGUGGACUUCUGUCCCCACCCCAUCCGGAUCCCUGGGCAGUGCUGCCCCGACUGCUCGGCAGGCUGCACCUACAUGGGCCGCGUCUUCUACAACAACGAGACCUUCCCUUCGGCACUCGACCCCUGCCUCAGCUGCAUCUGCCUGCUGGGCUCGGUGGCCUGCUCGCCGGUGGACUGCCCCAUCGCCUGCACCUACCCCUUCCACCCCGACGGGGAGUGCUGCCCUGUGUGCCGUGACUGCAACUACGAGGGCAGGAAGGUGGCCAAUGGCCAGGUGUUCGUGCUGGACAACGAGCCCUGCACGCGCUGCACGUGCCAGCUGGGAGAGGUGAGCUGUGAGAGGGUCUCCUGCCCACUGGCCUGCGCUGGCCCUGCCCCGCCUGUCCCCGCUGGGGACUGCUGCGCCUCCUGCUCAGGCUCCCUGCGCCCACUGGACGAGAAGCCAGGGCCGACCACUCCAGGAGCUGCCCGCAGCCCCCGAGGAGACGCCAAGGCCCCCUGCAGCUCCUGCCCCGGGAUCCCCCUGGCACCCCCUCCACAGCCCGCGCUCCAGCUGCACCAGCUGCUCUCAGGGUCCAAGAUGCCUCGCCUGCUCUCUGAGCCCACAGGCCGGCCCCGAGCCUGGGCCUCGCCCUACUGGAAACCGGGGGGCCCCGUUCCAGGGGGACCUGGCUCCCCCAGGGCAUCCUCCUCUCUACCUCCCGCCUCUCCAGGGAGCCCCCUGUCUACCUCAGGGGCCCCGCUCCUGACCAAGGCUUCGCCGUCCUCGGUGCCCUGCCUUGGCCCCGCCACCAAGACUCCCGCCACCCCACUCCAAUCUCGUGGGUUCUCUGUGGCCUUCAAGGCCACCACCCACCCUGGCCCCCAGCAGCCCUUCAUGGGGACCCCCGGGAAGGAAGAGCGCCAGCUCUGAGGGGACCCUGGCCUGGGGGAUUAUGGACGGAGGCCACCGAGGGGGCAGAGGCGAGAUCGAGGCGCGCCGGCAGGGCAGAUGCAGUGGGCUGGUGUGGCCUUGUGCCCAGGUGCCUUGUGAGAGGGAGGGGCCAGUGCUGCCAGGCAGGUCCUCCCAGGCCCCUCGACAGCCCCGCCUGGCUCCUGAGGAGGGCGGGGCUGCUGAGCCCUGCGGGGGCGGCCACCUGUCCCCACCUUGUCCCCAAUUAAACGGUCUGUUUCCCUGGC